AUGAACAAUGCCAGAGAAAUAGUAGUAUCAGCGGGUGGUAACUUUAGAACGUGGUUCAGGAACCUUUCUACACCGGUGAAAAUCGGGGUAGUGAUCGGUCUUAUAGCUCAUGCGGUGAUAUCUGUCGUCAUUUUGGUGAAUUAUCAGAAGAUUAUCAGCUACGUGGUAUCUGUUUCGGAUGAAAUUAGGCAAAUGAAGACGAAGGGCAUAUUGAUUUUCGCUCUGUUAAUUGGUAUUGUGAGCUUUCCCCCUCUUAUCGGGUUUUCAUCUCUCUGCAUUAUCAUCGGAAUAGUUUACGGCUACCAGGGCUUCCCGUUGAUUGCAAUCACGUCUAGCGUGAUGUCUACUGUUGCUUUGUGCUCCUUCAAGUUCUUCUUCAAGGACGCCUCGCAGAGGAUAAUCGAUUCCCACAGCAACCUGCAGAUCUUCGUCUCUGUCAUCAAAGACUCAGACACAACGUUCAUACAGGAGGUCUUUGUUCUCACGUUGAUGAAGUUGUGUCCCUUGCCGUACUCGAUAACCAAUGGCGGGCUCGGGUGCGUACCCCACCUAUCUCCCCUUGCAUUUUUCCUUGCAACCAUUGUAUGCUCCCCUAAGUACUUGAUUCAGAUAUUCUUGGGAAUACAGCUACGAGAACUUGGCGGUCCAGAUGGGGACAACAACCAAAAGCUUGUACAUUUUAUCAUCAUUCUCGUCACAGGGCUCUCGUUUGGCACGUUGAGCAUGUUGCUUUACAAAAGAUUACAGUACAAGUUCCAACAGCGCUCUGCCGGCCAGGACUACGUACCAUUGGAUACUGUAUAA